AUGGAUAUGACUUUUAAUUCGACUUCAAACGCCCAAACUUCAUUGGUUCAACCCACAAUCCAAAUCACCCACCCAGUAGAUUAUGAGGAUUACGGCACUUUUGCGGUUUCGGCCCACACAGAAAUAGGAAGUCGCAAAACACAGGAGGAUAGACUAAUCAUUGUACCAAAAAUGAACCCGGAAAAAUACGACAUUUCAUUCUUUGGCGUUUUUGAUGGCACCGUAGGAGAUUUCUCCUCAGACACAAUCCAGAAGAUUAUAAUCAAGCACCUCACGGAAUCACCUCAGUGGGAAAAGCUGAUUAACGCGCUGGAAAACGGAGGAGAUAUUGUAACCUGCGCAUACGAUGCCAUGUUUAGAAUGUAUAAGUCAGCAGACGAGGAGCUGCUCGGACUGUGCGCACGCUUCUCACACGACUACGCCUCGAGCACAAGCGUGACAGUACUGAUGGUCAACCAGUACAUCGUAGUGGGACACCUGGUAUGA